AUGCAUAAAGAAAGUACUAGAGCUUGCAGCGAAGAGCUGCAAGAGAGUUUUGAUGUUAUGGAAGAAUAUCCGAUGUGUUUGCGGAAGUUUUUGGGAAAACAUGCUAAUUUUGGCAGGCAACGAUGGAGCCAAGAAUUCAGUUUAAAGGGAGUACCAGAGCAGUUCCUAGGUUCUUCGGCUAUGAUUCCAAUGGCCAUGGUUGCAAAUGCUGGUGCUGUAUUUCCCACUAAAGAUAGAGCGAAAUGUACCUAUAGCUUAGAUUAG